UUGGUCGACAGUUUCUUUUUAUUUUGCGUACAGCUGUACUCCAUAAUUUUCUUGUAAGUCGGUGGUAUUUUUGUAGCCCAGCCGACAUGUUAAAUACCCAGGGCUCGGCUGUUGCAUGGUAAACCUAAGCUCUUUAUUCCAAUGGAGAAGGUUUAUGUGCUCUGUUUGUUUUCUGCUUUCUUCCUUUCACUUGCUUGCGCUGGAUCAGAGAAUGAUCUGUAUUCAAAUGCAGAUCUUACUCUGGAGAAUGGGGUUUCAUGGACGUUUUAUAAGAGUACCUGCCCCAAACUGGAAUCCAUUGUCCAGAAACAAAUCAAACUGUAUUUAAAGAAGGAUAUUGCUCAGGCCGGCGGGCUGGUCUGUGACGCUUCGAUUGUGUUGGAUGGAUCAGCAAGCGGGCCGGCUAAGCAAGACGUCCCUCCAAAUUUAAUGAUGCGGGGCAAAGCUUUUGCGCACGUUGACAAGGCCUGCCAUGUCGUCGUGUCCUGCGCACGGAUGCCACCUAUUACUGGUCUGGCAGCUCGCGAUUCGGUCCCAAGGGUAUGUGGGAUGAUAACUGCAACCCAAAAUCCAGAAUGUGGGAAGAACGCUAAUAAAUGGCCACAAUUUGCUAAAGUGGAAAGUUUUACUGUGAUGUGUAAAGAUCUUACUGAUAAACAGGGAGAAAAGUUGUUGGCUACCCAAUGCAAGAACCGCCAACAAACAAGUGUAAGUACGAUGGACAGAGAGUUUAAGGGUCGCACACUUCUUGAACCUCCUGAACCGAAGCCUGAUCCAGGACAUGCUGCAAAUCAUCAUUGACAAAUGACUCUUGUCGUUAUAGAUAUUUUUAAAUACUAUUAUAAGUAAUAGUAACCAACAAAGAUUAAGAUAAACAAACCAAAUUAAUAGGAAAAUACACUUUUUAAAAUAAGAAGAGCAAAGUUGAUACACAUUUAUGUUUGACACAUUUUAUAAAUGUGCAUUGGUAUUAAAGAGCUAUGCAUUUACAGCCAAAGCGGCGUAUAUAUUACAAAUUAAACCCCCUUUUUUCCAAUUAUUUCAAUCGAUAGCUUGCAUAACGUUGAAGACUCGUAGCGAGGUUACCAAGUAAAGCUCUGCCAUUUGUUGGUAAAAGAUGACAUGGCCAAAUUAAUUAUUAUUAAAUAGCUCGCAUUUUAUUAAAGGAUAAAAAUGCUCACGCAUUUUGAUUA